AUGGCCCGGCCAUGGCUCCAUCUCUGCAUCUGCCUCCAGAUCCCAGGUUUCUGUACAAAUCUACUUUUAACCCAGACUCCAGAGCAUAUUUUAGCCCAAACUAACAACAAAACAGAAAUCCUCUGUGAGCCGAAGAUGGAUCACGCUGGGCUGUACUGGUACCGCUGGAGCCAGGAGAGGCAAAAUUUUGAGUUCUUGAUAUUUUCCAGCCCAUUGGGCAAAGCCACGUACGGUGCAAACAUCAGGCAGGACAAGUUCAGUGUCCAUGCAGGCAGUUCCCGCACCUCCUACAGCCUGCACAUCAGCCACCUCCACGCCUCGGACAACGGCACCUAUUACUGCUCCGUCUCCCAGUCCUCCCAGCUCCUCCUGGGCAGCGGGACACGGCUCAGUGUGGUUGAUGUUUUGCCUCUGCCUCCAAAGACCACUCAGGCACCGCUCUCCAAAAAGCCCGUGCGGUGCGUAACCAAAAGCAAAGCUGCCAGCAAGAAAGGUGUCUGCAGCCCCCUGGUCUGGGUGCCCCUGGCCACCAGCAUCCUGGUCCUCCUGCUGAGCCUGGUCCCCACCGCCUACCGCCUUCACC